UCCACUCUCAGCACAGUCACUUACACACACUCUCUUCUUUCUCUCUCCUGCUGUGUGUGCCAGUCCCUCUCUCUCCCUUCACUUCCUUAAAGUGGCCAGAGCUCAUCUCUUUUUGCUCUUGUCCUGUCUACAUCCCUCCACCACUCUUCUUUCUUCCCGCUCCAACUGAGAGAGUGAUCAGCUCCGGCUUGGCCCCGUCUGCCUUCAACCUCUACAAGUCCAAAAAAGAAAAAAGGAUCUCAGACUGCUAUUUUUCCCAAACUUCCCCAGAAGACUUCAUUUUCAUUCUUGACCUUUUUUGGUCCUUCAUCCUUCCUCUCCGAAGAGGCCGGUUGGUGUGUGUGUGUCUGGCGUGCGCGAAGGCUCCGGUGUCGUGCUCUUUGCCCCGAGGGAGUCCCUAAAGGUAGUGACUGGAGGAGAAAAGUUUUCAUCACGAUGAAUGUUCAGCUGCUGCUCCUGUUGGCCCUGGCUGGCCCUUUCUGUGCCUUCACACAUGCAAGCCCUACAGGAACCCCUACAGAUGCUCCGGUCAUUACCACAAUACAAGCUUCAGCAACUGAUCUUCCCAUGACCAUUCACACCAUAGCAGAUGAGGCUACAGAUCCUACAAAAAAGGAUCUUACUUUCGUCACUAAUCCUCCUACAACAGCUCCAGCAGCGGCCCCUGAGGCUGCAACAGUUGCCGUCACUGUGGCGGACACUCCCUCUGUUACCGAGGACCACGUCAGUGAGACAGAUACCCCCGUUCCUGCUUCUACUGCAGCAUCACAACCCCUUAUCACUCGUCCUCCUGUUGUGGAAACCGAAGCCCCCUCUGAUCCAGCAACGGUUGAGGACCAAACUGAGGCGACGACAGCCGCCGCGGGAGGCACGGGUGACGAGGUGGUCAUGGAAGAAGGCACAGAGGAUGGCCUGAGCUCUGGCCAGGUAGUCGGCAUUGUGAUUGGCGCUCUGUUGGCAGUAGUCAUCGUCAUUGCCGUGGUGAUUGCUGUUGUGAGGAGGAUGGGCAAAUACUCCCCCUGAGGAAAAAGUCGGCCAAGCAGCAGGAGCGCUCGAAGUUCUGGAAAUUCUGAACUACUGAACUGUGAUGUCAUUUCCGAUCAUUAAAACAAGCACGAUACCAGAACUAAACGAAUCUAACCAGGACUCUGGACUGUUGCCCAAAAAGAGGGGGAGGGAGACUUGUGUGUGUGUUUAUGUAUGUACUGUAUGUGAGACAAGAGGGGUACAUGAGCAAACAUCAUCACCUCCCCCCGCUACCUCCCUGACCCCCUGGAGCCAUCGAUAUAAAAGGCUCUGUCUUCCCCUACUCCAAACCCUCGGAGAGAACAAAACAAGGUGACAGCAAGAUGUCACAAAGAAUUUCAGGGCUUUUCAAAUGCAUUUGUUUAAAAAAAAAAAGAGAGAGAGAGAGAGAGAAAUAGAGAGUUAUCUGGCAUCUGGGGGAAAAAAGUCUCUCUCCUAUAAAGUGAUACUCUUACAGUGACUGGCUUAGAUUUACAUGCAGGUUGAAGAAAAAGACAUAAAAUGAAAAUCCAGACUAAACAAAAGGAAAUUAAAUAGACAAGGAAGGUGUGAGCAGGAAAGGAGGCAGGAAAGACUGUUACAAAUUCCACAGGAUGUAUAUACAAUGCAAGGGGACUACAUAGUAUACAGCUAAUGACUUUCUCAUAUGUUGCAGUUGCAUAGGCUAGCAUUUGAUAUUAUGGAAUACACAGUACAUACAGGCAGCCUUAGGCUAUUGUUGUGGCUAACAGACCUUUAAAAAUACCCUGAGCACCAGUUAAAACAUUUUCUCACAUAGCCAGAAUCCCUGAUAUGUUGGCCAACUGUAUGAAGCACCGUGUGCAGAAGUUGUUCUGACAUACAUGUAGCACACCCAGGAGCUCUGAGGGCUACCGUGGGGCUAACAGAAAAAGAAAAAGGCACCCCUCAUUUGCAAGAGUAACGUGACAUUCUGCCCACUUUAACACUGACAUAUAAAAACCUAAUACAUAUCUGUGAAAUUUAGCAGAAGGGUUUGUGCCACUGUCUCUGGUAUUCUCUAGGUAGUUAGGAGGAUUUUAACUUUUGAAGUGCAUUAUUAAUGUGAAUUGACUGUACUUUUUAACUGCCACCCAUUCCAAAACAGACCAGCUUUGAUGACUUCUGGCUUCCUUGCCAAAGCGUGUUCCUUGUAAAGGCUUACACACAGCCAGCGGUUGUUCAACAUAGUAAUAGCAUUGUCUUGACAAUGUAUUCAUAGUACUUCUGUUAAUAGUUAGAUUACCAGAACAGCCAUCCAGUCUAUAAAUUGAGCUAAACCCAGAUUGCGUAAACAGGACGACAUUUUAUAGUUGCACUUAGUUUUAGUGCACAGUGUUGGCAGUAAUGCCCUUUUUUUGUUAUUUUUGCAAUUGUAAGUGUGCAUAAAUGGGUGUACAAAUAAUUAAGUCUCAGCUUAGCUCCGCUUGCUUUACAAACUCGUUUAAUAUGUGCACUGAAUGAGUGAUGUAAUGUUUAAUGAAUAGGCUUUAGACACUGCAAACAUUUGCAACGACGUUUGUUUGUUUCCUCCCUUCUGCUUUGCCACAUAUUAUCAGUUCUAGGUCUUUAAUUUGUGCCAUCUGAUUUGUUUGAACCCUUUUAUUUAAUUGCAGUGUUUUUGUUCAUACUGUUUCAAUAAAAAACUGA